GAGAGCUGGAGAUGCAGGUGCUGCCGCUCGCACUGCGCCGCGCCCUGCUGGCCCGCCCCUGGAGUGGGGCCAGGCUUCGGUGGAAGCACGCGUCCUCCCUGAAGGUGGCCAACGAGCCCAUCUUGGCAUUCACGAAGGGCAGCCCGGAGCGAGACGCACUGCAGAAGGCCCUGAAGGACCUGAAGGGCCGGACGGAAGCCAUCCCGUGCGUGGUGGGGGACGAGGAGGUGUGGACCUCGGAUGUGCAGUACCAGCUGUCGCCCUUCAACCAUGGACACAAGGUGGCCAAGUUCUGCUAUGCAGACAAGGCCCUGCUCAACAAAGCCAUCGAGGCCGCCUUGGCCGCCAGGAAGGAGUGGGACCUGAAGCCUGUCGCAGACCGGGCCCAGAUCUUCCUGCAGGCAGCGGACAUGCUGAGCGGGCCGCGCAGGGCAGAGGUCCUCGCCAAGACCAUGGUGGGGCAGGGUAAGACAGUGAUCCAAGCGGAGAUCGAUGCCGCAGCUGAACUGAUCGACUUCUUCCGAUUCAACGCCAAGUUUGCCGUGGAGCUGGAGGGGGAGCAGCCCAUCAGCGUGCCGCCCAGCACCAACAGCGUGGUGUACCGGGGGCUCGAGGGCUUCGUGGCGGCCAUCUCCCCCUUUAACUUCACUGCGAUCGGCGGCAACCUGGCGGGGGCGCCGGCCUUGAUGGGCAAUGUGGUUCUUUGGAAGCCCAGUGACACUGCCAUGCUGGCCAGCUAUGCCGUCUACCGCGUCCUCCGGGAGGCUGGCCUGCCCCCCAACAUCAUCCAGUUUGUGCCAGCGGAUGGGCCCACGUUUGGGGACACGAUUACCAGCUCGGAGCACCUGUGCGGCAUCAACUUCACAGGCAGCGUGCCCACCUUCAAACACCUGUGGAAGCAGGUAGCCCAGAACCUGGAUCGCUUUCGUACCUUCCCACGCCUGGCUGGAGAGUGCGGUGGGAAGAACUUCCACUUUGUACACCGCUCAGCCGACGUGGGCAGCGUGGUGAGCGGGACCCUGCGCUCAGCCUUUGAGUACGGUGGCCAGAAGUGCUCAGCCUGCUCCCGCCUCUACGUGCCCCACUCGCUGUGGCCCCAGAUCAAAAAGCAGCUGCUGGAGGAGCACAGCAGGAUCAAAGUGGGCGACCCUGCAGAAGAUUUUGGGACCUUCUUCUCUGCAGUGAUUGAUGCCAAGUCCUUCGGCCGCAUCAAGAGGUGGCUGGAGCACGCCCGCUCCUCGCCCAGCCUCACCGUCCUGGCGGGGGGCAAGUGUGACGACUCUGUGGGUUACUUCGUGGAGCCCUGCAUCAUCGAGAGCAAGGACCCUCAGGAGCCCAUCAUGAAGGAGGAGAUCUUCGGGCCUGUGCUGACCGUGUAUGUCUACCCAGACGACAAGUACAAGGAGACGCUGCGGCUGGUCGACAGCACUACCAGCUACGGCCUCACGGGGGCAGUGUUCGCCCAGGAUAAGGACGUUGUCCGGGAAGCCACCGCGGUGCUGAGGAACGCCGCUGGGAACUUCUACAUCAACGACAAGUCCACCGGCUCAGUGGUGGGCCAGCAGCCCUUCGGGGGGGCCCGAGCCUCUGGAACCAAUGACAAGCCAGGGGGGCCCCACUAUGUCCUGCGGUGGACGUCGCCCCAGGUCAUCAAGGAGACACACAAGCCUCUGGGGGAUUGGCGUUACUCAUACAUGCAAUGAACCUGCUUGGCACCUCUGCUGCCCACCUGCCCGUCCGUCCAGGAGACUGACCUCAGUGCAUUGGGACCACCACAGCCCCUCCACCCCGCUCUCGUGGGACCGGCCCCUGAUCUAGAGCCAAGGGCUGGCUCCCUACCCCGCACUGGCCCAUACCCUGGCCUGUCCCCCAUCUCGGGGUCAGGUGCCCCAGCUCUGGUUUGGGAUCACGCUGGGAAGGGACAGGCCUGCUGCCCCUCAUCCCAUCGCCGUCCUAGAACUGACAUCUCGUAGGUGUGACCUUCGUGCCGGCUGGUGCUCUGUCCCUCCUUUUCUACUGUUUCUGCUACACUGUGGCCCAGUGAUUUGGGGACUUGGGGAAUGUUAUGGGGACAGCUCCCAAUCCCGUGGGGAAAAGGAGGCACCUCGGGCCUUGGGCAAACCUCAUUCCCCACAGAGCUCCUGGCCUUGGCCCCGCUUCUCCAGGUCUGCGGGAUUAGGUGUGACCAGGGCGGUCUGCAGGGCCGGUGAGUUGUGGCUGCAGGGUGCUGGGCACUAGCUGACCUCGCCCUCUUUGAGCUGCGCCACCUUUCACACCAGCUCUUUGCCCAGACCCACUGAGCCAGUGAGUACCUGUGCCUGACCGUGAGCCUUAGAUGCCCAUGUGCCUUUCUCCGGGUGCUCUAUGCCCUCGUGAUUCCUGGCCAGCUCCAUGUGGGAGGCUGGGGGGCCGCUGGAGGCCACCUGCCGAGAUGUGGGUUGUGCUGAUCCUUCCUGUUGGGGCUGUGGUUUUGAGACUGUGGAUGGACCUGCCCCCAGCACGGCCCCUCUCAGCCUGUGUUGGCCUGGGCUUGCCUGCAGGGGCUCAGUUCUCACUGCGUGGCGAACUGGCCCAGGUGGAUGCUGCUCCCGCCAUCUCCCAGCCCCCACGACCUACCCGUGGGUCCCCGUCCUGCCAGGGCCCAGGGUUGCCCGUGGUCUUCCAUCCUUUGCAUGCUAGUGGCCCUGUGUGUACUGGCCCUUGGGUGGCCUGUUCUUUGUUUGAUGCACCCAGUCAGUGGGCUCUCACAAAUAGGUUGGAUUCUGGGGGGCCAGGGACCAGUAAGGGGUGACUUGGAGGGCAAUUUUUAGGGAGCCCUAAAAGUGCUGGGCCCUCCUCAAGGACAGCUGUCAGGGGUCCCCACGGGGUUGGCGUGGCCAUUCCCCAAGUGCCAUGCUCUCCCACUGCGCGGGCGGGGUGAGUGCCGAUGCUGCCCGGCAGGGCCUGAGUUCUGCUUCCGGGGUCUGCAGUGUUUCCACCGGGGCCCGCCAGGCAGCCACUGUGGGCAGGGUGGACGUGUCCUGGUUCUACUGGCAUGCACUGUGAGGUGGCAUGGGAUUUGCCCGGAUGUCACCAGUAAAAUACCUGUUACUUAAUCAAAUUGGUGGUCUUCCUGGUGGGGGGUGAGGGGGUCAGCUUCUAAGGCUGAUGGCAUCGCCAGUGUGUCAGUGGGUGUCAGGAGCACAGCGCCCUCCGUGUGAUAGAAGGAAGGGCGGGCACUGGUGUAGGGGAAUCCCUGCUGUGGGUGGGGGAACUCUGCAGCCACAUGGGCUAGGUUCAGAUCGCAGCUCCAAAAUGUUGUGUAACCUCUCUGACCUUCUGUCUCUUCAUCUGUAAGGUGGGACUAGUAAUACACACACACACAGAGGUUGUCAUGAGAAUUACAUGAGUUAAUCAAUGUAAGUGUCAGAACAAUGUCAGACAGAAUUAAUGACUCGAUGAUGUUGCCCAUCUACCCAUUGUUACAACAACCACUGUUAUGUGCUAAGUUGACAUGCCUGGAUAUUUUAGUUCAACAUUAUUCUAGAUGUUUCCGUGAAUGUGCUUUGAGAUGAGGUUAACAUUUAAAUCAGUGGACUUCGAAUAAAGCAGAUUACUCUCCAUAAGGUGGGUGGGCCUCAUCUAAUCAGUUGAAGGCCUUAACAGGACAAAGACUGACCUCCCCGAACAAGAAGGAAUUCUGCCAGCAGACUGCCUUUGGACUCAAACCCAGCCCUUCGGGGGUCUCUAGCCUGCCAGCCUACUGGCAGAAUUUGCAUUUACCAACCCUACAAUCUUGUGAGCCAAUUCCUUACAAUAAAUCCUGUCUGUGUGUGUGCCUUCUUUUGGUGCAGUUUAUCCGGAGAAACCUGAGAAUACACGUGCCAAGCACUUGCGUGUUUUCUCACUCACGACAGCCUUGUGAAGUGCUGCCAGGCCCCCCUUGGCAGAGGAGGACAGUGCGG